AGAAGUGUCGGAAACACACUACUCUUUCUACUACUACUACUAGAGCUUCUCUCUCUAUCUAUUCUUUCAUGUCUUGUGAGAAUCGUCGUCUCAACCUAACCCUAGAAUGUCAAGGAAUUGGAUUGUAGAUGGGAAAGGAAUCGCAAGCAAAGUUAAAAAUGCAGGUCUUCCAAUGGCUAAACAAAUUAAAGAUUGUGGAGCUAAUCUUGAAUGCCCAAACUGUCAUUACCUUAUCUGCAACACUACUGAUGUUUGUCAUGAAUGGCCAGGAUUUCCAGCAGGAGUAAAGUUCGACCCAUCAGACACAGAACUAUUAGACCACUUAGCAGCCAAAUGUAGACCAGAAAACUCAACUGCCCAUGUCUUCAUCGACGAAUUCAUCUCCACCGUCGAAAGAGAAGAAGGAAUCUGCUAUUCCCACCCAGAAGAUCUUCCCGGAGUGAAGAAAGAUGGAAGCAGCGUUCAUUUCUUUCACAGAACAAUAAAUGCUUACUCAACCGGUCAGAGGAAACGACGUAAAGUCAGCAAUGAGGAUCAAGCCAGUAAUUCGAUCGUACGUUGGCAUAAGACGGGAAAGACAAAACCCAUUUUGGAAAACGGAAUACAAAAGGGAUGUAAGAAGAUUAUGGUUCUCUAUGGAAGCUGCAAGAAAGGUUUCAAACCUGAUAAAUGUAAUUGGGUUAUGCAUCAAUACCAUUUAGGAACUGAUGAAGAUGAAAUUGAAGGCCAAUAUGUUGUUUCCAAAAUUUUCUAUCAACAAUCCAAAAUUCCUCAUCAAUUGGUUCAAACCGCUGUUGAUCCUUCUACCCCCGUUGCAACUGCUCCCAGCCCCCCUAGACCCCGCAAGCCCGAUCAAACUGCUCCCAUUCCAAAGGAGGAAAUUGAUGAGAACUCGAGUAAUACCAAUACUUGUCUAGCAGGAGAGUCUCAAGCAGAUGAUUCGAUAUACGAUGCAUUGAUGUUUGAUGAUAAUAGGAUUCUCGAUCAUUUGGCGCUAGAUAAGUUUGGAGAUUUGGAUAAUCUACAACUCGAGACCCCUCCCGAUUUCCAGCUUGGUGAUUUACAAUUAUUCGGGUCACAGGACAGCAUUUUCGGAUGGUUGGACAAUUUGUAGAACUAGAUUUCGAAUCUUUGUGGUGUAAUUUUUAGCGAUAAACUACUCGAAUCUCUUUAUUUAUAUGUUAAAUGAAUUUUUUUGCUGUUCGUAAUCUAGAAAAGAAUACAAAAUUGAG